CCGUUAUAUUUUUAAAACUGCGUCAUCUGCAGCUUCUCCCAGGCGCUCGCAGCACAUCGCUGCCAUAAUAUCCAAAACACGCAGCGGUAGUAGUAGUAACCUCUAUAGCGCGUUUUGAGCUCCGGCUGUGUCGCGUAAAUCAGAUUAUUGGGAAGGUAAACUGGAUUCUGACGUAAAGCGCUUAAACCCCGGCAGACAGGGGAGCGUCGCGUGUGCUGCUCGCGCGCGCUCACAGUCAGCAGCGGUCGGUGAGGAGGAGAACAGCUCGUGACACCUCCAGUCAACAAACCCUCCUCUCUCUCCUCUCUCUCAGGACCUGAGUAUGACUCCUCAGACAUUUCACUGCGACUGAACAGGACGGACGACCGCUGGAAACAUGGCUUCGUAUUUGCAGAUCGCUGAUGAUGAGAAGGGCCACGAGCUGGACCUUUUCUGCGUCCCCAGACAUUAUGAGAACGAUUUGGACAAGGUGAUCAUCCCCCAUGGACUCAUCAUGGACAGGACAGAGCGUCUGGCCCGCGACAUAAUCCGGGACAUGGGAGGACACCACAUCGUGGCUCUGUGCGUGCUAAAAGGGGGCUACAAGUUCUUCGCAGACCUCCUGGACUACAUUAAAGCACUGAACCAGAACAGCGAUAAAUCAGUGCCGCUGACGGUGGAUUUCAUUAGGGUGAAGAGCUACUGUAAUGACAAGUCAACAAACAGCGUCAAAGUCAUCGGAGGGGAUGAGCUGUCCAAUCUCUCAGGCAAGAAUGUUUUGAUUGUUGAGGAUAUUGUGGAGACGGGAAGGACGAUGCAGACGCUACUUUCUCUGCUGAGUGAAUGUAAUCCCAAAAUGGUUAAAGUUGUAAGCCUUCUGGUGAAGAGGACCCCAAGGAGUUCAGGGUACAGACCAGACUACAUUGGUUUUGAGGUGCCUGAUGCAUUCCUGGUGGGUUACGCUUUGGACUACAAUGAGUACUUCAGAGAUCUCAGUCACAUCUGUAUACUGAAUGAUCAAGCCAAGGAGAAGUACAAAGUGUGAGCAGAUGAGGCGUUGAAGGGGCGAUGGCUGAAUCAAUGAGGACUAGGACCACUGUGAUGACCCUCCUUAGCUUUGCUGUGUUUUGGAAUCUUAUUUAUUUUUCUACACAUGAACCCACCAAAUGUGACUUGUGGGUUGUAAAUAACUCAAAGAAGAACUUUUCAUUUGUCCCUUAUUGAAUACAUGGGAUCAGUUGUGUAUAUUAUGAAUAUUUUGGUUGUUAGAUUUUAAUUUAUUUAUUCACUUAUGUGUAUAGACUUUACCUGUAAAUUUCAGUUUUACCUUAGAGGUAGAAAGAUGCCAUUAAUUUGUCCUGGCUCAUCCAAUCACGUCUCAGGCUACUGCUUUAUGUACAGUGAGCUGUCAGUCAAAUUUAAGUAGCCUUUUGUACAUGUUUCUUUACAGUUACAGUACACAUUUAUUCCCUCAUUAUGCCAUAAAUUGACUGACUUGGAAUGUACUGUAUGUUUUAUUUAAUAUCUGAUGUUUUCAGUAAGGACCUGUUUACAGCAAUACAAAUCCUGUUGAAACCCCUGAAAUCCUGUUUUAUUUUUUCUCUGUAGCACUUUUUUCUAUGUAUCACGAGCUACUUUAUGUCCAUUUCAAGAAAAUUUGCCUUUCGGGAUGUUGUUUGAGAAG